AUGGGCCAGUUGCAACCCGGAACCAAUUGGUACGUCCGGACUGACCAGAAGUACCUCAACCCCAAAACCUGGACCGAGUUCGCCGAGCACAGCGAGAAGUACAUACAAAAGAAGCUACAACAAGCAAGGAUCGACGAUCACUACAUGCUCAUGCUCGACGAGAAUGUACAGGAGGUCAAGAUGGGCAGGAUGAAUGUCUCGCGGGUUAUCCUCCUCUGCCCCACUACGCGCUAUGUCGAUGACUACGGCGGCACGGAGAUCCAGAACAACGCAGACUCCGGCUUUCAGGAAUUGCAGGCGUUCGAGGACUUCAGCGGGGCACUCGGACGCAUGGCUGGCAAAUGCAAUUUCUUGACCGGCCGACUCUUUGGCAAGGUCGGCGGCCAGUUCUUGAUUGUGCCCUACACGUUCGCUAAGCGAAGGAGAGCCUUGAAGGACUCCUCGUAUCGUGACGACUUCGAGCAAUGCGAGACUGCCGAGACAUGGUUGGCUGUGUCAGAUUACACUCCUCCAAUGAAGCUUCUGGAUGUGGCUUUAGAGUCUGGCGUCGCCUACAUGAUGAACUUCAACCUGCAUCGCGACCUAGUUCGCCGAAUCUACGAGUUUGACCUGACUGAAGAUGCGGAUGACUGCUGGUACGAAGAUGGUGAGUACGAGGUUCGCCGUCUGAGUGAAGUAGAUUGUGCAGCUUAUUCGCAUGAAGAUUUUCCUCACAACGAGUCCCCUGCGCAUGCUGUAGAGAGUGAUGCAGUUCAUGACUUUGAUGUGUUCGCGCGUGAUGAGUCUUUGCGUGAUGAUCACUCGAGCUUGCAUGUGAACAUGUGGGACGAUGAUGAUGGACAUGUUAGUGAGGGAGCCUGUGCAGAAGAUGUCUGUAGCGAAUGCAGUUUGGAUGAGCUUCGUAUCGCCAGCAGUUUGUGGUACGACAUGGAGAGUAUGGAAGAAGCAAGUGAAUUUGAAAGUGAUUGCAGUUGUGACGAAGAGCUCACUCCUCGGCUGUACUGCCGGGCGGUGAUCGAAGAGGUCCCCAGCGGACCGGAGAGAGUGGAGGUCAUUUUGGACAGUGGAGCUGAUUGUACGGUCCUUCCCCUUUCUUAUCAAGCUGUGGGUCACAAAGACUCCUCUGCUAGCAAGACUAUUCUCCUUGACGCUCAAGGGAAUAAGAUCGAAGGCGGAGAGUCAAGAGUGUUCGUGAACUUCGAAAUCGACACCCCGGAUGAAGACAGUGUGAUUUCCUUUAAGGAUUCUGUUGUUCUGGGAAAUGUUCGACAACAUUUGUUUUGCUUGGGCAAGCUCAUGAAGCGUGGCUGGGUUCCUGUUUGUGAUGAAUAUGACUCGUGGUACACGCAAAAGGGCGAAGCUUGGUUUCCAGUUCACUGGAUGGAGCUUGAGUACAUCCAUGUUACCAGUGCACUUAGCAUACAACACGUCUACGACUGUGGAGAGAGAGCAGAAGGUCCCAUGCUAGGCCCCUAUGCUGUGGAAGUUGAGGGUCCCGAGCAAGAGGUGAUCAUGGUCAAUGACGUGAGAUUGACUCAGGAGAGCGCAUUGAGAGAACUUCGUUUGGCGUGUCGUUUCCUGGGCAUCUCCAAGAAUGGGUCAAAGGCGACUGUGUGGAACAGGUUGAAGAGAGAAGUGGCCCUUGCAAAGUUGAAAGUGGCAGUGGAAGCUUCGGAGAUUGUGAAAGCUGAGUAUGCUCGAGAACCUCUCGUAGAUGCACUUCCUGAGCGACCAUCUGAGGAGUUGGUCUUGGUCCACGAGACUACGCACGUCCCGAAAGCUCCCUGGUGUGAAGCCUGCAUCGCCUCCCGGUCCAGAGAGGACAAUUAUGAUGACACAGAACCUCAUAGAGAGUUUCCUGUGGUCAGUAUGGACUAUAUGUUUACUGCCACACAAGACAAUCCUCUUGCUACUCAUUUGAUCUUGGUAGACUCCCAGACCAAGUUUGUGCAAGCCACGUCCAUCGAUGGAAAGGGCAAUAGAAGCUUGAAGUACGGUGUUGAAGAUGUGGUUCGCCUGAUGAAUUCCCUCGGUUAUCAACGAAUUGGCCUCAGGUAUGACACCGAGCCAGCAAUGAAGCAGAUUGUUGGAGCUGUAGUGGGGAUGCAACGCAUCGUGCAAAUCCUCCAACACACGGGACACAAGAUUGAGAGUGAGGACCCACUCUUCGCCUGGGCCUACCGGCAUGCAGCUUUCCUCGUAUCUCGGUUCUCAGUUCUGAAGGAUGGUUGCACAUCGUUCGAGUUGGUCCAUGGACGUAGCUACAAGUCAAAGCUGCUUCCCUUCGGAGCCCAUGUGUAUGCGCAGCACCUUCCGAAGUCAAAGGUUCGUGGUGAGUGUUGGAAGCCUUGCGUAUGGCUAGGCCGAACAACCCUAGGUGACCUGAACAUCGUGAGCGAUGCCGAAGGAAUCCAUCAUGCGCGAAGCGCCCGACUUGCACCUGGUAAGUUCUCGACAGAAAUGAAAGGAGAGGAAAUGCCAACAGGCCAUGGCGACAAUGAAGGCUACAUGGAAGCUGACGAGGUUGACUUGCCGUUCGUGAAGAGUUGGGCGAAGUUGGACGAAGCCAUGGACCGAGUGGAGCUGAACCGCUUGGUCAAGAUGGGAGUUCUUAGGCCCAUGUCUGGUAAUGAGAACCUUGAAGGCAUGACUAACUUGCAGUCCAAGUAUGUGCGAGAUUGGCUGUUUCGUCCGAGUGAAGAUGGCAAAUCUUGGAGUUGGGUCAGGAGAUCACGUCUUGUGGCCAAAGAAUACAAGUUCAUUGACCCUCUCAUGGAAAAUUUGUAUUCACCUGGAUCUUUGGCUUGCCUCCAAAAGGUUUUCGCUGGACUAGUGUGUUCAAGCUCACGACUUUGCUUCUACACUGGCGACAUCAAAGAUGCCUAUUUGAUUGUUCCUCAGAGAAGGCCUACGUUCAUUCGUCAUGAAAGCUUGAUCUUUGAGCUCAAGUUCAACUUGCCAGGCCAACGAGCUGGAGCCAGAGACUUCUACGACAAGUUGGCCGGGAUUCUCAAGUCUGACAACUUGGAGAGUUACGAGGCUGCUCCGGCUUUGUUCAUUGAACCCAAGCGUAUUGGUGUUAGCACGCAUGUGGAUGAUUUUGAAGUGAUCGCUGAAGCUUCUCGCGUUGAUUGCUUGAAGAAGAAGUUGACAGAAAGAAGUUCGUUGGCACAGGACAUGGAAGACAAGCUUGUUGAACUUCUUGGCCUACAGAAGGCCACCGCGAAAGCCACUCCGUGUCCGAUGAACGUGAACCACAACAAGGACAACCCUUUUGGAGAAGGGCACCUUCUCGAAGCCAUAUCUGACGCCAGCUGGGCUGGCGAGCGAGACAAGAAGAGCAUGUCGGCGAUGACAGUUUUCUUGAAUGGCAACCUGAUUCAUGAAAAGCUUAAGGCUGGUGAGUUCGUGACACAAAUUCUGUCCUCCAGAUCUGUUGACAAAGCCGACGAGUGGAUCCAGAACGAGGUACGUCAUGAGUUGAAGCGCGUUGUGAAGGUUGAGAGCAAGAGUACCUUGCAGGCGAUUCGUCAAGUGAUUUUGAGCGCAUGUGUUUUCAUGGAAGCGACACAGACAGCAGAAGGUCACAGCCUUACAGCAGUUCAUGUAGGAAGUCAGGGCGUGACAUGUUUAGAUUCCAUCAAGCACAUGGCUUUGAUGGGCAUGGACGAAGCUUCGGUCAGCGUGGUGACAAUCCUGGUCUUCCUGCUCUUGGUGAUGACCCUGGUAAUUUGCCUCGCGGGUCUGAAGUUUCUUCGUCCGCCAAUUCAAAAGCACCUCCGACUCCGUAUUCAGCCUUUGCUCAAUGUCGUGAUCUUGAUUCUGAUGAUGGCAGCAGUUCCAGUGAGAGCCUCAGAGUCCGAAGACCCCAAGCGAAAGCGACACGUUUCCGCCAGAAGCAGAAUAUCUUCAGAGUCGAAGAAAAUCUUGGCAAAAUGGAUACGGAAGUACAACAGUGAUCAACGAGAUGGUCAUGAUGUUGCCACAACCAAUAGAUAUGCUGAAGAAGUUUCCACGUGGCGAGCCAAGUUCUAUGCAGACCAACGACAACGACCUGGGAACGACGAUGACCGACGACAGCGACCUGGCGGCAACAAUGACAUCAAGCCCAGCGACAAGUCCACCAAGAAGUCCAAGAAAUCGGGUCCUGGUGUCGAUGAUGCUGCGCGAGAACGCCUCUAUGAGUGGAUGGAGGAGAACAUUGAGGCCGCAGACCUUGCCGUCAACGCGGCUCAAAGUGAGUUGCAAAAGAAACCUGACUUUGUUUUGGGUUUGAGAGUUUACAAAGCCAUCUAUGCCAGAGCACACAGCAACAUCGCACAUUUGGACAAACCCACCAGAUCAGCUCUGCGCGCCUUGCUCAACAUCAUACAACACUGCAAGCCCAUGAGAUUACCCCUACAGAUCCAAAAUCGACAUUUCGCCAUCAUCUACACCGACGCCUACUACAUGGCAGGGGACCUCAGACUCAAGCCUGGGGACGAUAUUCCAGAGGGAUGGCAGCCUCACGACUUCGCCCAAGCCGAGAACGGUUGGGGUGCAGUCAUCUUCCCACCGGGAGCGUCAGAUCGAGCAUGGUAUUUCGAAGGCAGAUUACCACAAGAGAUCCUGAAGCAGUUCAGCUCCAACACCGCCUUCAUCUACCUUCUGGAAGCGUGGCUCGCCAUUAUCGCACCGCUGAUCUGUGAGCCCAUCCUGGGCACCUUCUACAUCCAAUGCUGCGACAACGAGGCAGCCCGACACGCCCUCAUUACAGGAGUAGGAAAACAUCAGCCCCUGAAUUGUUUGAUCAGUGCCCAUUGGACGUGGCACAACAGAAGGGGCAUCGCUCACCGAAUCGAGCGCGUUCCUACAAAAGCCAACUUGUCGGACCCGAUCAGCAGGUUUGAGGAUCUCCCACAUGGACUGUUAUGGUCCCACAUACAGUUGCCUCAGAAGGCCAUCGCAGAAAGGUGCCUCAAAGUCAUUGGCGACAUACACCAGCGACUUGAAUGUACAAUUUCGUAUCCGUCUCCGUAA